GCACAGACACGCACGCGCACACGCGCGCACACGGACACACACUCCCGGGGACGCACACCCGCGCGCACACACGCAGAGGCAGCUCGCCUUCCUGCCUGGCUUCCUUCCUGUCUGCUCCGCGCCUGACAGGCCUCUCACUGCAGCCUGGGGCCACCCGAACCGGGCUGAGGCCGGGGACCAGGCCGGCGGUGAGGGUAGCGGGAGCCGCGGGCGGCGGCAGCAGCUCAUGCCCGACCUGUCCCUGCUAGGGGCGGGCACCGUGACUCGGCUGGGCCCCCAGCGGCGUGCGAUGUGAAGAUGUCAGUGGGCUGUGCCUGUCCUGGUUGUUCCUCAAAGUCAUUCAAGCUGUACUCGCCGAAGGAGCCCCCGAACGGCAACGCCUUUCCCCCCUUUCAUCCCGGCACCAUGCUGGAUCGGGAUGUGGGCCCAACUCCCAUGUACCCGCCUACAUACCUGGAGCCUGGGAUUGGGAGGCACACACCUUAUGGAAACCAAACUGACUACAGAAUAUUUGAGCUCAACAAACGGCUUCAGAACUGGACAGAGGAGUGUGACAAUCUCUGGUGGGAUGCUUUCACAACUGAGUUCUUUGAGGAUGAUGCCAUGUUGACCAUCACUUUCUGCCUGGAAGAUGGACCAAAGAGAUACACCAUUGGCCGGACCCUGAUCCCACGCUACUUUCGCAGCAUUUUUGAAGGGGGUGCUACGGAGCUGUAUUAUGUCCUUAAGCACCCCAAGGAGGCAUUCCACAGCAACUUUGUGUCCCUCGACUGUGACCAGGGCAGCAUGGUGACCCAACACGGCAAACCCAUGUUCACCCAGGUGUGUGUGGAGGGCCGGUUGUACCUGGAGUUCAUGUUUGAUGACAUGAUGCGGAUAAAGACAUGGCACUUCAGCAUCCGACAGCAUCGAGAGCUCAUCCCCCGGAGCAUCCUUGCCAUGCAUGCCCAGGACCCCCAGAUGUUGGAUCAGCUCUCCAAAAAUAUCACCCGGUGUGGGCUAUCCAAUUCUACUCUCAACUACCUCCGACUCUGUGUGAUACUUGAGCCCAUGCAGGAGCUCAUGUCCCGCCACAAGACCUACAGCCUCAGCCCCCGAGACUGCCUCAAGACCUGCCUUUUCCAGAAGUGGCAGCGCAUGGUAGCACCUCCUGCGGAACCUGCACGGCAACAGCCCAGCAAACGGCGGAAACGGAAGAUGUCAGGGGGAAGCACCAUGAGCUCAGGGGGCGGCAACACCAACAACAGCAACAGCAAGAAGAAGAGCCCAGCCAGCACCUUCGCCCUCUCCAGCCAGGUACCUGAUGUGAUGGUGGUGGGGGAGCCCACCCUGAUGGGCGGGGAGUUCGGGGACGAGGACGAGAGGCUCAUCACCCGGCUGGAGAACACCCAGUUUGACGCGGCCAACGGCAUUGACGACGAGGACAGCUUUAACAACUCCCCUGCACUGGGCGCCAACAGCCCCUGGAACAGCAAGCCUCCAUCCAGCCAAGAAAGCAAAUCGGAGAACCCCACGUCACAGGCCUCCCAGUAAAGGCCCUGCCAUGGCCACCCAGCACUCUGCCUGCCUGUCCCACCCCUUGCAGCCCCAGGGAGCAGAAGACAGAAUGAAGAGACUGGGCAUCUAAAUGGGCAGCCUCCAUCCACCCACUUCAGGGAGGAACUGACUCACUGGGGGCAGGUGCCAAGAUUUGCCCCCCAGUGACCCUGGGUUGGGCUGGCCCCUGCAGAGCCUUUUGGGGGAAGGGGGUACUCAUGUGGAUGCCUACAUGGACCCUGGGCCUCAGAAAUGUUCUGACCCUUCUACCCUAUCCCUAGGGCAUUUGCCUCCAUUCUCACCCCAGGUUCUGGGUUCCCUACCCUCAUGACUUUACCCCCUUUCAAGCCUGGGGUGGUCUGACCCACAGACCUUAGGGGCCUAGAGUUUUGGGGCUUGUUUGAAUGCCCCUACCCCUAGGCGGCUGCUCUGGGUUCUUUCUCCCUUCUACCACCUGUCCCAGCUCCAAGUUUUUAAAAAAAAUAAUAUUAUUAAAAAUAUAAGUUAAAAAAAAUCAUUCAUGUUUCCCCGUUCCCCAUUAAAAACCCAGCUACCUCCCUCCUCCUAGAAAACAGGGUGAAGGUGGGGGGACUAGGAACCAGGUGGGGAUGAGAGUGGGGACAGGAGGGUAUGCAUACUGUUUUAUAUACUUUGAGAGCUUCAGACCAAGGAGACACUGCCAUCCCCUCUUUUUCUGGGGGGUGACUAGAGUCUAGGAAGGCCUGCCAUGGUGUGGGGGUGAGGUUACUGAUGGCCACAUCUUUGUGACAACCCCUGCUGUUGUCUGGACUCUGGCCUUCCCUUCUAGUGCUUGUGACUCUUAACCCCAGCCUCAUUCUCCAACCCUCAUGAUGUGUGUAUUCUUUACAGUUCUCCACUAGAGCAGCUGUCUUGGAUGGAGGGAGAGGAGGCUUCCUCCCCUUGGAUGGGGGGCGGGAAGGGAGCAGCCUUGUUUGUUGCUGUAUUUUUUUUUUUUGUUUUGUGUCAGUCAUGCAGGUACGGGAUGGGAGAGAGGGUCUGGGUCCACUCCUUUCAGAAUCCCCUUCUGCAGCCUUUCAAACUCCUACAUAAUACUAGCUUCCUUCCACAGAGGGGGAGGAGCCUCUGAGGACAUCUUAGCUCUAAGCCCACCAGGGAGAAAUAGGCCUCUGUCCCCUCCUCAGCUGAGGUAGAUGUUCUUCAUCUCCCAUUACCUUCCCCCUCUCCCCAAAGGGAGGAGGGGCAGGCAGGAUCUUCAUCUCUUUUUUACAGUUGAACAUGUGGAGGUUCAGGGCCAGGGGAAAGCCAAGAGCGGGGUCCCCUAAGGCUGGGCCCAGCUCAUGGAUGGCUUUGCUGCCUUUUCCUGUGGCCUGUCCCAGGAUGUGUCAGUCCCACCUCUCUCCGCACCCUUCCCUUGGGAGUAUGGGGUCCCCCAAAACCUAUUUUCUCCAUUCUAGCCACACUUGGGGGAGGGUACUGCGGCAGGAGCUGAGGGAAGGGGUAAGGAAGGUACAUGUCUACACCCCAACUGUAAUGCCUUUUUUUUUUUUUUUUUUUUGGCCAUUUGAGUCAUGUAUGGUACCAAUCAAUAAAGAGACUUUCUGGUU